UUAGGUAGCCAUUUUCAUUUUCGAUGCGUAGUUUGGGACUUUCGGAUUUCUUUGUAACACCCGGAUUGCUGAUAAUCCUGAUAAAUUUACUGUAGGCACAGGAGACAAUGGGGGAUGCGACUACAACUACCACUGCCACCACUGGCCUUGCAGAGCUGGCGCACAGAGAAUACCAAGCCGGAGAUUAUGAAAAUGCUGAGAAGCAUUGUAUGCAGUUAUGGAGACAAGAGCCAGAAAACACUGGAGUUCUUCUACUGUUGAGUUCAAUACACUUUCAGUGUAGGAGAUUAGACAGAUCUGCACAUUUCAGUACUCUGGCAAUAAAACAGAAUCCAAUGUUAGCGGAAGCAUACUCCAAUCUGGGGAAUGUCUUUAAAGAGAAGGGUCAGCUGCAAGAAGCUCUUGAAAACUACAGGCAUGCUGUGAGACUGAAGCCAGACUUCAUAGACGGUUACAUCAACCUUGCUGCGGCUCUAGUUGCUGCAGCCGACAUGGAGGGAGCCGUCCAGGCGUACGUCACAGCUCUACAGUAUAACCCGGAUCUUUACUGCGUUCGUAGUGAUCUAGGCAACCUCCUCAAGGCACUCGGUAGACUAGAUGAAGCAAAGGCAUGCUAUUUGAAAGCCAUCGAGACACAGCCUAACUUUGCUGUGGCAUGGAGUAACUUGGGGUGCGUCUUCAAUAGCCAGGGCGAGAUCUGGCUCGCUAUUCAUCACUUUGAGAAGGCUGUGACACUAGACCCUAACUUCUUAGAUGCGUACAUCAACCUUGGCAAUGUCCUUAAGGAGGCCCGUAUAUUUGACAGAGCUGUUGGUGCCUAUCUUCGAGCUCUACAGCUGAGUCCGAACCAUGCGGUGGUUCAUGGAAAUCUGGCCUGUGUUUACUAUGAGCAGGGGUUGAUUGACCUAGCCAUUGAUACAUACAAGAGGGCUAUUGAACUACAACCACACUUCCCAGAUGCAUACUGCAAUCUUGCCAAUGCACUCAAGGAACAAGGAAAGGUCGCUGAGGCAGAGGACUGUUACAACACGGCCCUGAGACUAUGUCCGACCCAUGCAGACUCGCUGAACAACCUAGCCAACAUCAAGAGAGAACAGGGCAAUGUAGAGGGCUCCAUCCAGCUCUACUGCAAGGCCCUUGAGAUCUUCCCAGAGUUUGCCGCUGCUCAUUCCAAUCUUGCCAGUGUAUUGCAGCAGCAGGGCAAACUCCAGGAGGCUCUUCUACACUACAAAGAAGCCAUCAGGAUCUCACCCACAUUCGCCGAUGCCUACUCUAACAUGGGCAACACACUGAAGGAGAUGCAAGACAUCCAAGGAGCUCUGCAAUGCUACACUAGGGCCAUUCAAAUCAACCCUGCCUUCGCUGAUGCUCAUAGUAAUCUAGCUUCAGUUCAUAAGGACUCUGGGAAUAUACCUGAAGCAAUUGAAUCAUACAGAACAGCAUUGAAAUUGAAGCCAAAUUUCCCUGAUGCCUACUGUAACUUAGCUCAUUGCUUACAAAUUGUGUGUGACUGGACAGACUAUGAGUCGAGGAUGAAGAGAUUAGUAUCGAUCGUUGCUGAUCAGCUGGAGAAGAACAGGCUUCCAUCAGUCCAUCCUCAUCACAGCAUGCUCUACCCUCUAUCUCAUGGAUUCAGAAAGGCCAUCGCUGCAAGGCAUGGGAACCUCUGCCUUGAGAAGAUCACUGUCCUCCACAAGCCCGCCUUCAACCAUCCACAGGACCUGACUGCUAGUGGUGGUAGACUCAGAGUUGGCUACGUCAGUUCAGACUUUGGCAACCAUCCUACAUCUCAUCUCAUGCAGAGCAUCCCAGGAAAACACAGCAAGGACAUGGUGGAGAUCUUCUGCUAUGCUCUGAGCCCUGAUGACAACACUUCUUUUAGAUCAAAAGCCAUGAAGGAAGCUGAACACUUCGUGGAUCUCUCACAGAUCCAGUGCAAUGGCAAGGCUGCAGAUCGCAUCAGUGCCGAUGGCAUCCACGUCUUGGUCAACAUGAAUGGAUACACAAAAGGAGCUCGCAAUGAAAUCUUUGCUCUCAGGCCAGCACCUAUUCAGGUAAUGUGGCUUGGCUACCCAGGAACCAGCGGGGCAUCCUUCAUGGACUAUCUGAUCACCGACUCGGUCACAUCCCCCAUGGAACUAGCCAGUCAGUACUCUGAGAAACUGGCCUUCAUGAGGCAUACUUUCUUCAUCGGAGAUCACUGGAACAUGUUCCCUCAUCUUCUGGACAAGGCAAUUGUUGAGGUCAAGAGCGGCUCAAGCAGGGACAACGUGGCGGUCAUCAACUCAAUCAAUCUCAAGGCCACCCUGGAGAAACUCGGCGUCUCAGAUAAGGUUGCUACGAAUGGAGAGGUGUCUAACGGAGAGAAGCUUCAUUUCCCUGUGAUUGAAAGCAGCACAUCUCAAGCCCUGCACAGUCUGAUCCAAUCUGGACAGGUUCAGGGCACCAUCAAUGGUAUCACUGUGUGUAAUGGACUAGCUCUCACACAGGUAGGCGAUUACAAGUCGAUCCCCAAGUCUGCUACCGGUGAAGAGGUUCCAUCGUAUCCUCUGAUCACAACCCGUAAUAUGUAUGGACUCCCUGAUGACGCUAUCGUCUUCUGUAACUUCAACCAGCUCUACAAGAUCGAUCCAGCUACUCUCAGGAUGUGGGUCAAUAUUAUUCAGAAGGUGCCCAACAGUGUUCUGUGGCUGCUGCGCUUCCCUGCUGCCGGUGAACCCCACCUGCUUGCUACAGCCACCCAGCUUGGCAUGCCCAAAGGCAGCCUGGUCUUCUCUGCAGUAGCGUCCAAGGAGGAGCAUGUGAGACGAGGUCAGCUUGCUGAUGUCUGUCUGGACACACCCCUCUGUAACGGACAUACCACGGGCAUGGAUGUACUUUGGGCAGGCACACCUAUGAUCACUCUACCAGGUGAGACUCUUGCUUCACGUGUUGCUGCCUCUCAGCUCCAGACCUUGGGCUGCCCUGAGCUCAUUGCUAGCUCCAAGCAGGAGUAUGAAGACAUCGCCAUCAGACUGGGAACAGACAUCAAGUUCCGUCAGCAUAUCCGUGCCAAGGUGUGGAGACGUAGAGUGGAGAGCCCCCUCUUCAACACCAAGAUGUACGCCCAGAGCCUUGAGCUCCUCUACACAAAGCUCUGGGAGAAGUAUGAGAAGGGCGAGCCUUGUGAUCACGUAGACAUGUCGACCAUGAGCCCCAUCAAUGGCAAAAUCAAUGACACUAUCAAGAAUUAAAUCAUGACGCAAUGCUGUACAAUGCAGGCAAUAGGGAAGUACAUGCUCGAUGGACUGUCGACCUAUACGUUCGGUAGAAUUUGGAUACUUCAUUGAAUUUAAAUUUCCAUGCAUUCGUUUCCCUGCCAUUAGAGGAAUGUUGAAAUAAACAAUUGUGUUUUUUACACACAAUGACAAACAUCAAUGAAUUUCUUUCAUAACAAAGCAAUUUUUUGUAGUUGCAUGUAUGAAGAUUUUUUUUUUGUGAAACCUGAAAUUUAGCUUUGUAAAAAGAAGUUCUUUUUUUCAUAGUGUAUGCAUGUAGGAUUUCCUUCGAGUAUCAUCGCCAUCAUCAUUUUAGUAUGAAACCCUUAUUUUUUGCCAAAACAAGAUUAUCUAUGGGAGUGGAUGAAUUGAAGUAUGUACAUAUUAUGUAACAGUCCAUCCUAUGAAGACAUGGAAUUUUUGAAACUACUAUUUAUUGUAUAUGGAAACUUGUCAUUCAGAAGUUGGUAUAAGGAGGAUUGUGAUUUCCAAGAAUUAACAUCUCGGAUUAUUCAGUUUAUUGUGCUUGCAAGAAGUAGUUACUUGCACAUUUUAAUUAAUUGAUUGAUAUAAGGUGUUGUGAAAAUUGUGUACUACAUUACAAAACUCACAAUAGGAAUUAUUUAGAAAGUACUUGAAAAGUGAUUAUGACAUUAACAAAACAAAUUGAGAAGAAAAUGGAGGUUUUUAUAAUUUUCCUCUCUUUGGUCACGGAAGAAAACAUUUUACGAUAAAAAAAAAAUUCAGAUUGCUGCAAUUGACAAUUUCAGUUUAUUUUAACAAAUGGAUAAUGGGAAGAAAAUAAUAAUUUUGAAUUUGACUCAAAAAUCAUUUAAUUAUUUUUUCCUGCUUUGUUGUCAUUUCAAGAUCAUUUUAGUUUGGUAUCUCAUGAUUUGAGCUGUAUAUAAGAUCUCUAUUUCUUAGAAGUUGUCAAUAUUUUAUUUCAGUAUUUUCUGGUGCCUGUGUUGGAACAUAUCCAGGUGUAAUCUUGCUCGUUCAUUAUAGUAUAUUUAUGAUUUAUAUGUUCUUAAUUUGGUCUUAAUUUGAUUUUAGUCACAUGUUUUAUUUCCCCCUCCUGCUUUUGAAUAUAAUGUACAUGUCUGAUGAAAGAUUGUCAUUGAGGGUUGUUUAAGAUGAUGUUAGGCCAAGUCAUACCUGUAAUUAAAAUAUAAAUGCUGAAGGCACUGUUUGUCCUGUUUCUUGUAUAUAAUGAUAAUCAACAUGUAGUGAGCACUACAAUUCAAUUUGGUAAGUGAGUAAUAUGCAGAAGACAAGAUGUCAUUUUUGUACAGAAUUUUGAUUUUUAAAUAAUAUGAAUCUAUAUAAUGUGAGAUGAAAAAGGUAGGUUCCGAUGUAUAUCAGUUCAUAAUUAUGUCAAAGCACCUUUGCCGAACUAGAUAGGGUGAUACAUGUAUGUUCAUUUCUUGAUGCUAUUUUAUUUUGAAAGUGCUUAGUGUCAUAUGAACUUUAUAAUGUAAGAUUUGAAAGUAAUUAAUGUUGGCUCUUCAGUAGACUUACACUGUGAUGAUGGUGAUCGGGUGUUUGCUACUAUGCUGAUAUGCUUCUAUAUCAAUGUCAUAUUAAAACUGUUGUUAUCCCACA